AUGGUUCUUUGUGCAGUGAGGCAACAUUUGCUGCGGGUCAGUGGAAGCUGUGGACACUGGAGCAGGCUGAUCGAGAGACAAAGCAGUUAUGACGUUUACUUCAGCAGCCAUGGCUUCAACCAGGAGGAGAUCAGAGAGAAGCUCCAGGCCUUUCCUGGGGGCUCCGUUGAUCUGCUCAAACAUGAGACUGGCAUCGCUGUGCUGACUGUUAACAACCCCUCCCGCAUGAAUGCCAUCACUGGUAGUAUGAUGGUUGAACUGGAGGAGCAAGUGAGCCAACUGGAGAUGUGGAAAGAGGGAAAAGGCCUCAUCAUCCAAGGGGCUGCUGGAACCUUCUGCUCUGGGUCAGACCUCAACGCUGUGAGGGCUUUAUCUAACUCGCAGGAUGGCAUGAAGAUGUGUAUGUUCAUGCAGAAUGUGUUGACGAGACUACUGAGACUGCCUCUAAUCUCUGUUGCUGUGGUGGAGGGUAGAGCACUCGGAGGAGGGGCAGAACUCACCACCGCCUGCGAUUUCAGGUUGAUGGCCCCAGGCAGUGUUAUCCAGUUUGUCCACAAACACAUGGGCCUGGUUCCUGGCUGGGGUGGCGCUGUCCGACUCGUCCACAUUGUUGGCAGCCAGAAUGCCCUGAAACUUCUUGGCGGUAGUUUGAAAGUUGGCUCGGAAUUUGGGCUGCAUAUUGGGUUGGUAGAUGGAGUGCUGGAGACCCCUCAGGAGGGAGACGGUGAAAGCACUGUGACUGGCCACCUGCAACAGGCUGAAAACUGGUUGAGUGUCUACACGAAAGGACCUGCUCCAGUUAUCCAGGCUGCGAAGAGGGUGGUGGUGUCAGGGAGAGAGCUUCCUUUUUUGGAGGCCCUGAGGACCGAGAAGGAUGUGUUUGGCACUGUGUGGGGUGGACCGGCUAACCUGCAGGCAUUGGCCAGCAAGUCCAAACACAAGUGAGGUAGACCCAGAGACCCUUGGAGUGUAUUGUUUGCUGACUUAUGAGAGUAAAAGAUAUGUUCAAGGAAGACAUUUCGGGGAUGUGGGCAGACAGCAGCCAUUUGGCAUUUUUUCAUUUUCAACACUAUCCCUCUUUGAUAAAUCAUCAAUCAGAUCUAACUUUUUGAUGAGAAUUUGACUGAUGAUUUGAUAUAUAUAUAUAUAUAUAAAGAUAGGUGUAGGAAAAAAAACUUAAAUACAU